GUCAUGCACUUACUUCAAAGCAAGUAGUAGAAGUAGCAGCUUUCUUUUUUGAUAUUUUUACUAUAUUCAGACCACCACUAAUUCUUCAAUCUGAUAAUGGAAAAGAAUUUGUUUCUUUACUUGUAUUUGGUGUAUUACUACAUAGAUAUUCUGCAGCACUUGAUUACUUGUUUGAAACAAGUAUUUUCUUAGAAGAUGAAAUCCCAAAUGAAUUUGGGUUAAAAAAUAUUCAAGAGUCAAUUAAUAGUUUAGGUGAUUUAAUUGAUAAUAUCAAUAGUAUACUUUUAAUAGAAAUUAAAUCUUCUAGUAGUUUUACAAGUUUAAAUAAAGAUUUGAGUCUGGACAAUGAAAACCAAGAAACAGUAACACAUUACCUUUACAAGAUAUAUCAAAUCAGCUACAAACAAGACACUAAGUAUUACAGAACUUUGCUUGUCAAAAUUUAG